AUGACCGAUGUGGAGCACGAAACGCGAGUCUUUUUACGUGAACUCGACACAUUCGGCCAGCCUCCUCCACGACAAAAACUCAUCGAUAGUGAUUAUAACGAUGGUAAAAAUGCUCAUAGCAGAUUGAACAAUUCCAAAGAAUUCACCCAGAAACUCGACACUAUCAAUCUAGCGAAGCAAGCGUUGAGUGAGCUCAAUUACAAUCACAAAUCAGUGGAUUUGUCAUUGUAA